UCUACUAUAAAUCAUCCUUCCAAAAUGCUCGAAAGAUGGUAAGAAAACAACAGAGGAGAGAGAUGGAUUGGUUUUAUUCCAGGAGGGGUCCGGAAUGGAAACAAGGAUGGAGAGGCCAGACGAUGGCCUCACUCUCCUUGCCACCGCUUCCGCUACUGGCCAUAUUUGCCAUUGUUAUUUUCUUGUUAUCAUUGUCCCAAUCCACAAAUUACAGGGAGCAGCUAAGCCCUGCAACCAUCGACUUGAAGUUGCUCCUCUUCUUAGUGCCCAUCCUUCUAAUCUUGUUAAUUCGUCCUAGCUUUUCUGGUGGCUGGUUCAACUUCGGGACUCCAAAGCCCAGGCCCGGUUCAUCAGCACAUCAGAGUGGCGGAUUCCCAUGGGGUGUUGCCUUGUUGGUGGGGAUCCUCGUAGUGUUGGUUUCUUAUCAAUCAUCAUUUCAAUCUAUGUGGUUUACCCCUCUGCGGAGCUCAGAUUAGUAAGCCGAAGGGCAGCAGUAACUUGCAAGCUAGGAGUUGUGUGCAUCUCUGUGUGUGUGUUUAUUUACAAAUAAAUUGAAACAUUACUUAGAAUAGUAAAUUGCCAAAAAAUUGUUACGUUUGUUCA